AUGAUAACAUCAGAAGAAUCUGAUUCCCUGAGUACCGUGCCAUCGGAUGGGCAUCCCGAAGAUGCAUCAGGAACAGAAGAGGCUCCAUCGUCGAUGGUGUCUAGUGAGGGUGAUUCUGAGGGUAGUGUAAUAUCGGAACAUAGACCACAUGACAGUGAACCGCCCCUUACUUUCACCAAUGACAUUAGUCCCACUGAAACUCACACAUUACUAGAUAGAUCUGCACCCACACCCACUACAACAGACUGGCGUAAUGUAGGCAAUUCUUUGGUAUCAAUUAUUUCUACCAGAGGCUCCAUGCUACCUUGGGGUCCUCACAAAGGUCCUGUUAUAGCAUCUACAGAUUCAGACUUGCGCCCUGGAGAGUUCGUCAUGAGGCUGUUGUUUACUGAGUUUACUGUCCAAGCUGAGAGAAAAAUGGAAGCUGUAAUGGCUGAACCAAUUGAAAAGCCUUUGAAUAAAACUCUCCAGCGUGGUGAGGAUCCACAACUUGAUCAAAUUCUAUCAGCUUUCGGUACAGUCGCCGAACACUGUCUUCCUUCAUUGCUUCGUGCUCUUUUUGGUUGGUUGGAGCGUCAAAUGGCUGAUUCGCCACAACUAAAUGAACAGGCUAAGAAACCACAUCAGGAUCUUCGUAAUAAAAGUAUAAUUUACAUAGUGUCAGGCAGUGGCGCCGGUACAGAGACAGUAGAACGCAGCUGUGAAGAGUUGCAAGCGGAGAGACGCGACCUUGCUGUAGAGUUCCUAUUUUGCCUUGCACUGAUCGAAGUGCUUCGUCAGCUUCCUUUUCACCCGGGUCAUGAGGAUCUUGUGCACUAUAUAGAAACACUGGCCUUCAAACGCUUUAAUUACAAGGAAGGCCUGCAGUCGAAUCCGAAUGCGGCAAAUGUGCACAUAAUCGCUGACCUGUAUGCUGAAGUUAUAGGUGUUCUAGCGCAGUCACGAUUCGCAUCUGUCAGGAAACGUUUCACAGCAGAGCUCAAGGAGCUUAAGAGCAGAGAACCAUCCCCGCAUACAACGCAGAGCAUAAUAUCAUUACUCAUGGGAAUGAAGUUCUUCCGUGUAAAGAUGGUUCCCAUAGAGGAGUUUGAGGCGUCCUUUCAGUUCUUGCAGGAGUGUGCUCAGUAUUUUCUCGAAGUCAAGGACAAGGAUAUACGGCACGCUUUAGCUGGGCUUUUUGUCGAAAUACUAGUACCUGUUGCUGCAACGGUGAAGAAUGAAGUAAAUGUGCCCUGCCUAAAAAACUUUGUUGAAAUGUUGUAUAGUCAUACACUCGACGCAAGCACUAAGUCUAAGCAUCGGCUGGCGCUGUUUCCUCUGGUUACUUGCCUACUCUGUGUCUCGCAGAAACAGUUUUUCCUCGCAAACUGGCAUUGCUUCCUUGCCAUGUGUUUGUCUCAUCUGAAGAACCGGGAUCCAAAGAUGUGUAGGGUGGCCUUAGAGGCGCUAUAUCGCCUGCUUUGGGUAUACAUGAUAAGAAUCAAAUGCGAGAGCAAUUCUGCAACCCAAUCUAGACUCCAAAGCAUAGUGAACUCCUUAUUCCCUAAAGGGUCUAAGGGAGUAGUGCCACGUGAUACGCCGUUAAACAUCUUCGUGAAAAUCAUUCAGUUCAUCGCACAAGAAAGGCUGGACUUUGCCAUGAGGGAAAUAGUAUUUGAUUUGCUCAUGGUGGGAAGGCCCAUUAAGAUAAUAAUGACUCCAGAGAGAAUGUCCAUCGGGCUGCGUGCGUUUUUGGUUGUUGCUGACAGCUUACAGCAAAAGGAGGGUGAACCACCGAUGCCAAGGACGUCCGGGACUUUACCCUCUGGCAAUACUUUAAGAGUUAAAAAGACCUUCCUCAACAAAAUGUUGACAGACGAGACUGCAAGGUCAAUCGGGAUGAGUGCUUAUUUUCCAUAUGUGAGACGGGUAUUAGUGGAGAUAUUGAGGGCAUUAGACGCACAUUAUGGAAGACCGUUAAUGUUGACUAAUACUCAAAAUGUAACUAAGGAGCAGGAGAUCAAUACAGGGGAAAGGAAACCGCGAAUAGAUCUGUUUAGAACUUGUGUUGCUGCCAUACCGAGAUUAAUACCCGAAGGCAUGAGCUCCAGUGAACUAGUGGACCUCCUGUGUAGAUUGACAGUACACAUGGAUGAGGAACUUCGCGGUCUCUCAUUCCAAAGCCUUCAGACUCUUAUCGUGGAUUUUCCGGAAUGGCGACAGGAUGUACUUGCUGGUUUCACCCAGUUUCUUGCCAAAGAAGUCCAGGACACUUCACCUCAGCUAGUGGAGAAUGGUUUAAGGAUGUUACUACAGCUGAUAACGAGUUGGAAAAAUGGUGAACCCGUUGUGAUAGCUCCAGCACCUCUAAAGCAAGAACCUCUGGCGUCAGUUGUCAGAGGAGCUGAGGCUUUGGGUCUGGUGAUGUUGUGCCAGUGUAAAUCAUAUCCCAGAAGAUUGGCUGUGCAUGUGCUUAGGGAAAUUAAAUAUCUCCUAGACAAGUUGCAACUAACACGCGACGAGCCGGCCCUGAUCGACGCGGCAGAUGCGCAUGUGCCAUAUUUCGCGGAGAAAUGUCUGCCAAUAUUGCCACCCACUGAGAAGCAGGCCAUCCUAGCAGCUGGUCAACCCGACCUUGUAUGGAUCGCAGAAAGGAGCCAUGCUGUGUGGACUGCUGGUAUUCAACAUGAUGAAACAUCCACUAAAAACAGCUGGAGUGGAAGUGCUUCAAAUGGCGCUGAUCCCUGGGAGGUAAUACUGUAUGGCUUAUUAGAGCGCAGCCGUGUGCCCGCCAGAUGUCCCGCCACCAUACUGCAAGCGUGGCCAAUACUCCACGCGAGGAUACAUGCCCUCUACACAAUCAUUGAACCUGCACCUGUGAAUGACAAUCGCGCCUCACUCCUUUCUCGUGGACCAGCGUUACCUAGAAAGCCUGAGAAAGAAAGAGAUGGGUACAUGCAGGUUUGGAAAUAUUACAUGACUAUGGCGUAUUUGGUAGUACCAGCUGUGCCUAGUCCAGUAAUACGCUGCGCUAGUCCAGAUCUCAGCCUCAGUAACACGGAGCCGGAGGGAUGGCUCGGCCUGCCCGCCCUCAGUUCCUCGAGCGAGAGCCUCAACGCGCCCGGCGGCUUCUUCACGCUGCCCUUGAGCUAUGCCCGUGCGCAUAGACAUCACAAACGGACGAGUUCGUCUCCGGAUUCGCUUAGCGAGCGUAGCGGUGGCGAAGCUCGAAGUUCGCAGGCAUCGCCAGGAUCAUUGCAUAAGCUUGCGGUACCUCUCGUGCGAUGCGAGGUGCCCGAAGUGCGCGAUGCUGCAGUAUCAGCAUGCGGACACAUCAACGCCGACGCUCUAAAAGACUUAUUCGAAGAGCUUCUGCCCAUAUUGCGCGAAGCGGUAGAUCGCAAGCAGGAAAACAUGCGUCGGCGUCGUCGUAGGGACGCAUUGCGUCUACAUCUUAACAAGAUGCUUCUCAUCAUAGCGCAGCGAAACACGUUUUCUAGCAGUUCAUUCGCAUUGGAAGCCGGUAGUUUACACGCGUCAAUCACCGAGUAUUUGGACGGAGUACGGCAAUGUCUUGAAGUAGAGGCGGAAAAAGAUGCGCCAGCGGCCAGGGAGCAACGCCUAACCUUCGCUGACUUCGUCACCGAGCUCGUCAAGAGUUUCCCGCUGGAAAUGUACGGAUCGCUGAUGAAGAAGGAUCUUUGCAAGGGUUUGUUCUCGCUGUUCGCGGGCUUUUGUGGACCCUUAGCGAAACACCUCGGAUCUCUUGUAACGCAGCCGCAACAGUCUCCGGUAGAAGUCGACGAACGCUUGAAUCUCUCUGCACUUCGGGCAAUGAGCGCGCUCGUAUGUUGCGGGCCGUGUUUCGCACCGACCGCUCUAGCAGAAGACGGCUCUCUGUAUCCAUGGCUGAGCGAAAUGCUUUCUUCUACUAACGAUAAGGUAUAUGAACUGGCACGUGAGACAAUAGUGCUUCUGCUGGACUGCAACCCAGAUAUUGGACCAUUGUUAGACUGGACAGUUGACAAGUGCUUCACGGGACCCCCACGGGUCGCUGACGGCUGCUUCAUGGCACUCGCAACUAUAUUCAGCGCGAGGGAAUACCCUUGCGACCACUACACUGCUAUCAUCAACGUCACACUUAUGUGUACUGGUUGUCCUCGUGCUCCUGUCCAUGAAAGUGCACUCCAGUUGCUUCAACUUCUUGACAAACGUUUCUUCGGUGCUGUGGGUCCUCUACAAGCUGACGACGAUGUUGGUUCAGAAAAGGGAAGAGGAACUUUAGAUGUUCUGCUCUGCACCACCUACUGUCGCUCGCAACUCUACCUUUCCCGUCAGUUGUCGCAGUUACACCCGGAGCUUACCAUGCCAAUGUUUUCUGAAAUAACGGCACGUUUUCAAACGGCAAGGACGGAAGUGCGUCAACUGCUGCUACAGUAUCUACUGCCUUGGCUUGUCAACAUCGAGUUAGUGGAUCCAAAUGUACCACCCGCCAAUCCACUUUCCUAUAUACAGUACUAUGCGGCAGAAGGUGGGCGCAGUGUAAGGCGCGAAGGACUCGGCUCCGCUGAGGCCACUGAAAUGGUCCUCAAUAACUUAUUUUACAUAACUGCAAAGUUCUCGGACAAUCACCCGAAGGAGAUCGAAGAGCUAUGGUCGACGCUGUGUGCCUGUUGGCCCAACAACUUAAAGGUUAUCAUCCGUUACCUCAUCAUCGUCUCAGGAAUGGCACCUAAUGAACUGUUACCAUAUGCUAAACGAGUUGUGCUGUAUCUGGCCCGCUCGCGUCCUGAACGUCUCCUUGACGAGAUGAUGACGGAACUGCAGACCGUCGAAACGCUUAACUGUCUCAUCGAGCGUACAGAAACGCCUCCUUUCUAUCGUCUGACAUCUAUGAGGAAGGCCACUUCGGGACAUAGCGAUGGACCUGGUACUGGUCCGCAGGACGCAACUGGAAGGACCGGUGAACUAGCUCCUGUUGAAAAAGGGACGAUUCAUACGAAGAGGCACAGUGGCGAGGACCCAGCGAAAUCUUGCGGUGGAAAGGGUCCCGAAAGCUUAGGAGGUAGAGCGCAGGACAAGCGAUCGUCCGCGCCGCCAUGCACCACUCCGCCAGCCGAUGAGGAUCCUUCACCUCCUUCUGAUGGCGACGCCACUCCGACUGGACUAGGACCCGAGCCGCACGCGACCCCCACCGGCAGUGCGCCUACAACACCGCAAGAGUCGAGGGUUGACGUGCCACAGCCGAGGCCUUUGCCGAUGCCGGAGUACGGUGGAUAUUUCGCACUGCUCACCGAAUAUUUGCCUGACAGUAGCCAGCCUAUAUCAGGCUUCCACAGGUGCAACGUAGCGGUGAUGCUGCUCUGCGACGUGGUGUUGGACGGUGUAGAAAUCGACUGGUCUAUCCACGUGCCGCUCAUGCUACACAUAGUUUUCCUUGGCAUGGACCACACCAGGUGGAUAGUGCACCAGCACUGCCGUCAACUAUUGCUCAACUUGCUGGUGGCCGUGGCGGCCCAUCAUGACCAUUUGACGGUGGCGAGGACUUUGCUCGCAAGCCGCUCAGCUCAGCUCGGCCUUGGAGUCACAGCACCAACACUCCUGCUCAUACCGCACAACUUCACAGAACCCGAUGCGGUUUUCGACAAGCACGCGCAUUGCGGUCACUCCCCGCGCGCGCACGCACGCUCGCUGAGUUCCGACCCGCAUGUCACGCCCGAAGGUGAAGCAGACAAGUACCCAUCACUGCCAGUUAUAAUAACGGGCGAAGCGGAGCCUGAAGCAGAGCCGCCAGAAGCGGAGCCAGCGGAACUACCUGUGGCUGAUGUCAUUAAGUCGCUUGUACACUUCCUCGCCAACCGACCAACGCACAUGCCGCUCUGGCAAUACGAGGAUAUAACUGCCAAAGUGUGGAGCUUGCGCAGCUGCCAGCAGAUGGCGACACUUGUUCGGCACGCGUUGCGCGUGUUUCGCGAAUCUUUGCCACACGCGUUGGUAUCAGAACGAUGGGCGCAAACUGCUUUACAACUCGGCCUCUCGUGUCCCUCGCGACACUACGCCGGUCGCUCGUUGCAGGUAUUCCGUUUUAUCGGUGUAGCGAUGACGGGACGGAUGGUGACAGAUAUACUAUCUCGCCUGGUGGAGACGGUAGCGGAACAAGGAGAGGACAUGCAGGGAUAUGUUACUGAACUCCUGCUCACCUUGGAAGCAGCUGUCGACUCCCUCGAAUCCAACUUCAGACCGCUGGACUACAUGCGGGACAUUUUCAAAUCUACCCCCAAUUUGAAUAAUAAAGAUGGUGGUCAGCAGCCCAAUGGCGCCGUGUUUGCUGCAGGCAAACGAUCUCCAGGCGUGUGCGUUGGCUGCGUGAGUAACCAUACUCGGAGCACGAGCUACUCUGUUUCAUACUGCGUGCGUAAAAGUAACGCGCCGCCGUCUACAUCUGAAAAACAAUCUCAUGACCGUACUCGGCCCUGUAGCGACGCAUCCAAGGGGUGUUCAAACCUUUGUCGUUCACGUUCAGCACAAUCGCUAAAACUGCUCGGGGACAGCGCAACACAGGUAUCGAACACUCCGCAGGAUGACAAACUCACGAUCCUAGCGACUCUGUUCUGGGUGGGCGCAUCGCUUCUGGAAUCUGAUUACGAGCACGAGUUCCUACUGGGCGUCCGUUUGCUGGCCCGUGUAAUGGCGCGGCUCCCACUGGAUAGGCCAGAUGCUCGCGAGCGUCUUGACCGCACACAAGCACAUACCGCGCCUUCUCUACACGCGCUGCUGCUCAAGGGCUGCACUCACCCCAAUACUUACGAACCCGUAGUGGGUGUUCUAGCAGAUAUGAUACCACUCCUGGAACUGCCCGUAAUCGACCCAACACAGUCUUUGGCCUUCCCCAUGACAGUAGUAGCUCUGCUGCCGUACAUGCUGCUCCACUAUGAGGAUGCGAACGAGCUUUGCGUAAGAGCUGCUUGCCAUAUUGCACAGUUCACAGCAGAGAAGAGCAAGAAGUUAGAGAACCUCGGUACAGUAAUGACCUUAUACUCGAGACGCACCUUCAGCAAAGAGAGCUUCCAAUGGACGAAAUGUGUGGUCAAGUACCUAUGGGACACGUAUUCGCAUCUCUCACUACAGAUGCUUGCAUUUUUGGUCGAAGUAUUGGAAAAGGGCGCCGUGAAUCUCCAGCUACCCGUUCUGUCGAUCUUGCACUGCAUGCUUCACUAUGUGGAACUGAACGCCCCAGCAGCCCAGUCCGUGAACGCGGACCUACUUCGUGCCGUUGCCAAAUUCAUUGACCAGGACGGGAACAAUUAUAAAGAGGCGAUGAAGAUACUGAAGUUGGUUGUGACGCGAUGCUCUACACUAGUGGUACCACCACAUUGGGACAACCACGCCUCGUCAAUACUUGACACUGAGCUGCAUGGGAAAAAGGAGCUCCCGGGACGCACUAUGGACUUCACGUUUGACCUGUCGCAAACGCCCGUCAUCGGGCGAAAAUAUUUACCAAAGGGAAGUAGCCAGCCAGCGACUGGACCCAGUUCACUCUCUAACGCUUCGACAGUCACCCCCGAUAAAGGGUCAUCAACAUCCGGUUCGGCCUCAACUGUGGUAGGUCCGGAGAGCGGGGAGAGAGCUGGGAGUGGGGCUGCAACUCAACCCCAAAAUGCUGCCUCUCCCCGCCGUUCGCUUUCCCUCUCCCCCGCUGACGCCCUUGCCUCUGGAUGGAAACGUCCUUGGAUGUCGCAGAGUCGUGUGCGGGAGUGUCUCGUUAAUCUCCUAACAACUUGUGGCCAAAGAGUGGGAUUGCCUAAGAGUCCAUCUGAUGAUUUAAUAACCACUUUAUGUUCUAAGGUGAUAUUCAGUCAGAGUUCGGAGCUUCUAGAGCGGGAAUCAUCUAUGGCGUCAUCCCUAGAAGAAGUUUCUGGAACUCCCGGCAACGAGCCGUCUGGUGGAGCGCCGCCCACUGAUCAUUUUGGCGUCUUCAAGGACUUUGACUUCCUGGAAUACGAAAGCGAGAGUAUCGAAGGAGAGAGUUCGGACAACUUUAACUGGGGCGUACGAAGGCGGCUGCCUAGUGAGGAGAGGGGAGUGGCUGAACGGAGCCCACCAGCGCAUCGGACAAGUAAACACGACGCACAUCAUACUGCCAAACCGCUAGGUCACGAGGACUCAUCAGACGAAGAAGCCGGUUGGGAUGAAGCAAGUGGGUCACGAGGCGACGCCGAUACCAGCGGUGGGCACGAAUUAGCGCUUCGCCCACGAGCCCAUUCUUUCUCGAGCGCGUCCAGCGGCGAACCAGACGUGGAGCGCGGCGACGUGACGCCGGUGCCGUGUGUGGCGACGAGCGUGACGUUGCGCGACGCGUGGCGAUGCUCCGUCGGCGCGUUGUUGCGCCACGCGGCGCAUCUCCCGCCACUGGCGCUAGUGCACCGCCUGCACACCGUGCUCAAGGAGGUGACCAGCAAAACCGUGUCCGUGUGCGGCGAGGGAGCGCUCGGGAGUGGUACAGGGGGUGUAGGAGGUGUCGGUGGAGCAGGUGAAUUGGCUGCGAUAGUGGAGAGGCUUGCCGGUGAGGAGCCGCCAUUGCUGUGGGUGGGUCCAGCAGCUGCUGAUUGUGCUCGAGUUCGAGAUGCAGUCCGAUUCGCCGCCCUCGAGAUCAACGAGCACCUCGAGACGUACUUCGAUAGACGUGAACACGCGCUUGAGAUGCUGGAGUUGUCACGCAGUGGAGAAGAAACUACUCGCAGUUUGUACAAGCUCAUCUUUCAGCUUCUUCUCUUGUUAGAGACCAAUAACAAAAUGGUGGUUGCCGUAUAUCACGCCGCACUCGAUAAUAGGGGCGUGGAAAUGAGUGGCGCAGUGUGCGCGGUUCGUAACGCACUGGCGGCGAGUGCGGCCGACUCGUGGGGCGAAGCGUGUGAGCAGUCGCCCGCGCCGCACGACGACGCGCGCCUCACCCACCUCAUGCAGCGCCAGAGGUGGGCUGCAGCUUUAGCACUUGUACGUGAGCGGAACGCCGAACGAAUUCUGGAACGAGGCGAGCUGCCUGAAGACGAUAUCACAAGCCUUCUGCAUGUCUACUGUAAAGGACUCGCACAGGCACAUCCAGACAUGGUAGCUAUCACGCGACCGGUAAACGAACUCUCUCAGAACCUGUCGUUCAUGAUGGAGAGCCUCUACAAGGCAUCGGUGGCUCUCCAGCGUCAGGACUACUGA